AUGGAGAGAUUUAAAUAUCUAUAUGUUGCCAUAUAUUUUUUUGCCUAUCUUAGUUCUAUAUCCCUGUACAUUCUGAUUGCAUUUAUUAUCUGGACUGAGCCAAGCCUCCAUGAACCUAUGUACAUUUUUAUCUUUAAUCUGAUGAUCAAUGGGGUUUUUGGGAUCACAGCUUUCAUACCUAAACUACUCAUUUACUUAAUUUCCGGUUCUGUAACUAUCUCUAAAGAAGGAUGUCUCUUGCAAGCAUUCUGUAUCCAGAGCAGUGCGUGUAUAGACAAUUUGCUGUUCACCAUAAUGGCUUAUGACAGGUAUUUGGCUGUAGGCUUUCCUUUGAGAUAUCCAACUCUAAUGACCAAUGGAAAAACAUACAAAUUUAUAGCUACAAUAUGGAUUGUUAUUUUGAUAACACAGGCUCCUUUUGUAGCAGGUGUUGCAAGUCUCCCCAUGUGUGAUAUUACCAUUAACAGCGUCUUUUGUGAUACGAUGUCCCUCAUGAAAAUGUCAUGUGGCGGUUCUCCGUUAUUUAAUAUCUUUGGAGGUUCUAUGACCUUUAUUCAGAUUAGUUUCUCUAUAUCUAUAAUAUUCUAUUGUUACAUACGGACAUUUGUGAUAUGUCUGCGUAUCUCUGGUGAUGCUAGUUUAAAAGCGAUCCAUACACUGGUGACUCACCUGAUAGCCUUCUCUAUAUUUACGGUGUCAAUAGUAUUUAUUGCUUUACGUUAUAGAGUCAACAAUGUUUCUCUUUCUAACACUGUAUACCUUGCUAUUCUGAUGACCGGUGUUUCUAUCUUUUUGACUGCAAAUCCGUUCAUAUUUGGACUGCGAAUGGAAGCUCUGAGAAUUAAAAUAUUUAAAAAAAUAAAAUAUAUUUAA